AGAAAGGAAGGGGGGAAGGUGGUGCUUCUUCCACACCUCCUGUCCAAUUCGGGGAAAACUCUUUUGCCUACCCUGCCGCAAAGAGCGUUUAAGGCAAAAGGGGUGGGGAGAAGCCUCUAUAGUCUGCAAAAGACUGGUUUUGCAGAUCUUUCCCUUUUCAAACUCCUGCUCCAGAGGGCAAUUUGCUAUGCCUAUCCUUGUCAGGCUUGUUCUGCUACUAAUUCCAUAUGUAUGUCACAUAGGAACUCUCUACCACCACCACCCCGCUGCUUCCCUCUCCUCCCUCUCAUCCAUCCAUUUGCUUCCCCUCCCCCUCCUAAAGACAGAUCUCUCUCCCCCCCCUUCCCCUCAUGGGAAGCGUGGAAGCAGGGAAAUCCAAACUUUAAACAGCCCAUGCAUUGUCUGAAGACGAGUCUCAGUUAGCGCUUAUCGCUAUGCCAUUCCCUUGUUGUUGCUUUUUCCCCUCCCCUCAUACUCUCUCUCUUUCUCUAUUUAUGACACAAAGCUUUUGAAAGAAAACUAAGACCGGGGCCCGUUCUUUUCGCUUUCCCUCGUUACCGUGGCAGCGUGCGUCUCCCUGCCUGCCGAAGAAUGAGGCAAGCUGGCAGCUCUGGUUUCUGCUCGCUGCUUUUGGGAUUAUGGGAGAGGAGUCCUCAGAGAAGCGUUUACAGCAAGGAUACCCUACUGAGUUUAGAAGGCUUGUUAUGUGUUACUUAUUCCGGCUAAGAGGAUGAAAGAAUGAUGUGAUGGAGAGAACUAUGGGCCAUUGGUCAGGUCCUUUGGCCCCCACAUCUGGCCUAGCCUUCCUGCUUGUUCAGCUUUUGGGCAACGUCUGCCAUGGCCUUCAAGGGACAAUGCCACUUGGCUUCCACUUCACACAUUCCAUAUACAACACCACGGUGUAUGAGAACUCUGCAGCACGGACCUAUCUUAACAGUCAAAGUAGAAUGGGCAUCACUAUGGCAGACCUCUCUUGGGAUAUCAAAUACAGGAUAGUGUCUGGCGACGAGGAGGGUUUUUUCAAAGCAGAAGAAGUUGUCAUCGCUGAUUUUUGUUUUCUUAGGAUAAGAACUAAAGGCGGGAAUUCUGCCAUAUUGAAUCGGGAAAUCCAGGACAACUAUUUAUUGAUAAUAAAGGGCUCUGUCCGUGGGGAAGACUUGGAAGCAUGGACAAAGGUGAACGUACAGGUUUUAGACAUGAAUGAUUUAAGACCUUUAUUUUCACCCACCACCUACUCUGUAACAAUAGCAGAAAGCACUCCUCUAAGGACUAGUAUUGCACAGGUUACAGCAACAGAUGCUGAUAUUGGUUCCAAUGGUGAAUUCUAUUACUACUUUAAAAAUAAAGUUGACCUCUUCUCUGUGCAUCCAACUAGUGGGGUUAUCUCUUUAAGUGGCCGGUUAAACUAUGAUGAGAAGAACCGAUAUGACCUUGAAGUUCUGGCUGUAGACCGUGGGAUGAAACUCUAUGGUAACAAUGGAGUAAGCAGCACUGCCAAACUUUACAUACAUAUUGAACGUAUCAAUGAACAUGCUCCAACUAUCAGUGUUGUAACCCAUAUUCCCUUUCCUUUGGACAAGGAGCCUACAUAUGCUAUUGUUAACAUUGAUGAUCUAGAUGAAGGUGCCAAUGGUGAGAUUGAAUCUCUUUCUAUUGUUGCCGGAGAUCCUUUGGAACACUUCCAGUUGGCUAAGGAGGGCAGAUGGAUGAAUGAGUACAAAAUCAAAGAGAAAAAGCCCAUUGAUUGGGACCAUUUUCCAUAUGGUUACAAUCUUACACUCCAGGCAAAAGACAAAGGGUCUCCUCAAAAGUUUUCAGCUGUGAAACUGGUCCAUAUUGCCAGUCCCAAGAGAGGAAGAAACCCGGCAAAGUUUGAACAGGAUAUGUAUGAUGUAGCCAUCAGUGAAUUCUCUCCUCCUGGAAUAGUUGUUGCUAUAGUUAAGCUAACCCCAGAACCGCAGGGGGAAGAAUAUAAAUUAUCUCCCAGUGAGGAUGCUGACUAUUUUAAGAUUAAUCCCAGGACAGGACUAAUUACCACUGCACGUCCUUUAAAAAUUGUUGACAAGGAAUUUUAUGACUUAGAAGUAAUGAACAAAGAAGGAGACUUAAAAACACAUGUUACUGUAAGGAUAGAGGAUGCCAAUGAUCACAUUCCAGAGUUUACACUGCCUUCAUACAGCUCUUAUGUCAAUGAAAGUGUCCCUGUGGGUACUAGUGUUUUGUCACUUUCUGCCUUUGAUAAAGAUCAGGGAGAAAAUGGCUAUAUCACGUACAGCAUUGCUAGUCUAAAUUCGCUGCCCUUUUCCAUCAACCAGUUUACUGGGGUUAUUAGCACAUCUGAAGAACUGGAUUUUGAGUCUUCCCCGGAGAGCUACAGGUUUAUUGUUAGGGCUUCAGACUGGGGCUCACCUUACCGCCAUGAAAGCGAAGUUAAUGUCACAAUAUACAUAGGCAACGUGAAUGAUAACAAGCCGUUGUUUGAAAAGGUGGCUUGUCAGGGAGUGAUUUCGUCUGAUUUCCCUGUUGGCGGGCACAUCACAGCUGUCUCUGCUAUAGAUAUAGAUGAGUUGGAACUCGUGAAAUACAAAAUCAUUUCAGGUAAUGAGCUGGGUUUUUUUUACCUGAAUCCAGACUCGGGGGUUCUACAGCUUAAAAAGUCCUUGGUUAACGCUGGCGUUAAGAACAAUAAUUUUGGACUUGGGAUAACGGCAACUGAUGGGGAGAACUUUGCUGAUGCCAUGUUCAUCAACAUUUCUGUGGUUCAUGGGAAAGUGUCGUCCAAAACCUUUAGCUGCAGAGAGACUAGAGUUGCACAGAGGCUGGCUGAGAAGUUGCUGAAAAAGGCGAAAGCCAAUGUGAAACUAAACUCAGAAGAUGGCUUCUUGGACUUCUACUCUGUGAACAGGCAGGCCCCACAUUUUGAUAAAUCAUUGCCUUCUGAUGUAUCAGUCAGAGAGGACCUUCCUGUUGGUGCCACCAUAUUUCGAAUCAAGGCCUAUGAUCCUGAUUCUGGCUUUAAUGGGAAAGUGCUUUAUACCGUAUCGGAUGGCAACACAGACAGCUGCUUUAAUCUUGAAAUGGAGACAGGGCUGCUUAAGGUCCUUAUGCCUAUGGAUCGUGAAAAAACAGAACUAUAUCUCCUGAACAUUACCAUUUAUGACUUAGGCAGUCCCCAGAAAGCCGCAUGGAGAUUACUUACCAUAACUGUAGAGGAUGCAAAUGAUAAUGCACCUGUGUUUUUGCAGGACAGUUACUCAGUUAAUAUUUUGGAAAGUACUGGUAUUGGUGUGGAGAUUAUCCAGGUAGAGGCCAGAGACAGAGAUCUAGGACUAAACGGGGAAGUGUCUUACUCCAUCUUGACAGACACACAGCAGUUUGUUAUCAAUAGCUCCACAGGAAUAAUAUACACAGGUGACCAUUUAGACAGGGAAUCAAAGGCAAAUUAUACAUUAAAGAUAGAGGCAAGAGAUAGAGCAGAGAGUGGGCACCAGCAGUUUUCUGUUGUUCCUCUGAAUGUCUUUUUGGAUGAUGUCAAUGAUUGUUCUCCAGCUUUCAUACCUCCCAGCUAUAGUGUGAAAGUCCUGGAAGACCUACCAGUUGGUACCGUCAUUGCCUGGCUUGAAACUCAAGACCCUGAUCUUGGUCUUGGAGGACAAGUACGUUAUUCUUUGGUGAAUGAUUAUAAUGGGAGAUUUGAAAUUGACAAAGCCAGUGGUGCCAUCCGCCUAAGCAAAGAGCUGGACUAUGAGAAGCAACAGUUCUACAACCUAACGGUGCGAGCGAAGGAUAAAGGGCGCCCAGUUUCUCUAUCCUCGGUUUCCUUUGUGGAAGUGGAAGUUGUGGAUGUGAAUGAAAAUCUCUACACCCCUUAUUUUUCUGACUUUGCAGUCAUUGGAUCAGUAAAGGAAAACUCGCGCAUUGGAACAAGCAUUUUGCAAGUGAACGCUAGGGAUGAUGAUACUGGCAGGGACGGCGAGAUCCAGUACUCCAUCCGGGAUGGAAGUGGACUUGGACGGUUUAACAUAGAUGAAGAAACUGGAGUUAUAUAUACAGCGGAUAUCCUAGAUCGAGAGACAACCCAGUCCUACUGGCUAACUGUGUACGCAAUAGAUCGUGGUGUCGUUCCACUUUACACCACCAUUGAGGUCUAUGUUGAGGUCGAAGACGUGAAUGACAAUGCCCCAUUGACUUCUGAACCUAUUUAUUACCCAUCAGUUUUGGAAAACUCUCCUAAGGAUGUAUCAGUUAUUCAGAUACAGGCUCAAGAUCCGGAUUCCAGCACUAAUGAAAAGCUGACCUAUAGGAUUACCAGUGGAAACCCCCAGAACUUUUUCCUCAUCAAUACCAAAACAGGCCUCAUAACCACGACUUCAAGAAAGUUGGAUCGUGAACAGCAGGCGGAACAUUUUCUUGAGGUUACCAUUACGGACGGAGGUCCCUCUCCCAAGCAAUCUACCGUCUGGCUGGUGGUUCAGGUGCUAGAUGAAAAUGACAACAAGCCUCAGUUCCCAGAGAAAGUCUACCAGAUCAAAUUGCCUGAGAGGGACCGGAAGAAGAGAGGAGAGCCAAUCUACAGAGCCUUCGCCUUUGACAAGGACGAAGGGCCCAAUGCAGAGAUUUCCUACAGCAUUGUGGAUGGAAAUGAUGAUGGGAAGUUUUUCAUUGACCCCAAAACUGGAAUGGUCUCUUCUAGAAAGCAGUUCACAGCCGGGAGCUACGAUAUCUUAACAAUAAAAGCUGUCGACAAUGGGCGCCCACAGAAAUCUUCGACUGCUCGCCUCCACAUUGAGUGGAUUAAGAGGCCGCCGCCUUCCCAGAUCCCGCUGACGUUUGACGAGCCCUUCUACAACUUCACCGUCAUGGAAAGCGACCGAGUGACGGAGAUUGUUGGCGUGGUCUCCGUGCAGCCUGCUAACAUCCCACUGUGGUUUGACAUAGUCGGUGGCAAGCAUGCUCGAGAGAUGUUCUAUAUCCUACAGACAGCUUGUGGGCAGAACUGUUCAACAGAAGGGGGGAAUUUCGAGAGCUCUUUCGACGCAGACAAAGGUGUGGGAACCAUUGUCAUCGCAAAGCCCCUGGACGCUGAGCAGAGGUCGGUGUACAACAUGACUGUGGAAGUCACUGAUGGAACAAAUGUGGCAAGCACUCAGGUUUUAAUCAAAGUAUUGGACAACAAUGAUAACGGCCCGGAAUUUUCCCACCCGAGUUACGAUGUCACAAUUUCUGAGGACAUCCUCCAUGACACUGAGAUCCUGCAAGUUGAAGCCAUAGACAGAGAUGAGAAACACAAACUCAGCUACAUCAUUCACAGCAGCAUUGACUCAAUUAGUGUAAGGAAGUUCAGGAUGGAUCCCAACACAGGAGUGCUGUACACUGCUGAGCGCUUAGACCAUGAAGCCCAAGAUAAGCACAUCCUAAACGUUAUGGUUCGUGACCAAGAGUUCCCGUAUCGACGGAAUUUGGUCAGGGUCAUUAUAAAUGUGGAGGAUUCCAAUGACCACAGCCCCUACUUCUCCAGUCCUUUGUAUGAAGCCUCUGUGUUUGAAUCGGCUGCCAUCGGAUCUGCAGUUCUGCAGGUCACUGCCUUGGACAAAGACAAAGGGGGAAACGCAGAGCUGAUCUACACAAUAGAAUCAGGAAACACUGGGAACACAUUCAAGAUUGAACCAGUUCUAGGCAUCAUCACAGUGCUGAAGGAGCCAGACUUGACCACCAUGAACCAGUUUGUUCUAUCCAUCAAAGUGACCGACCAGGGCUCUCCACCGCUAUUAGCUACAGCCAUUGUCCGCAUAUCUGUGACCAUGUCAGACAAUUCUCACCCAAAGUUCACACACAAAGAAUGGCAAGCUGAAGUGAAUGAAAAUGUUGACUAUGGAACUUCGGUUAUCUUGGUUUCGGCAAUCAGCCAAUCUACGUUAGUUUAUGAGGUGAAGGAUGGCAACACUGAUGGAGCCUUUGCUAUAAAUCCCUACUCUGGAGUCAUCACUAGUCAAAAGCCUCUUGAUUAUGAACGCACUUCUUCUUACCAGCUUACCGUGCAAGCCACAAACAUGGCAGGGAUGGCAUCAAAUGCUACUGUGAACAUCCAGAUUGUGGAUGAAAAUGACAACCCACCAGUCUUUCUCUUCUCACAGUACUUGGGCAGCAUCAGUGAGGCUGCACCUAUCAAUAGCAUCGUUCGGAGCUUAGGAAACAACCCACUAGUAAUAAGAGCCACAGAUGCCGACAGUAAUCAAAAUGCUUUGCUCGUCUACCAGAUUGUCGAGUCCACUGCUAAAAACUAUUUCACUGUAGACUCCAGUAUGGGUGCAAUCAGAACUAUUGCUGACUUAGAUCAUGAAACCAUUGCACAUUUCCAUUUUCAUGUCCAUGUUCGAGACAGUGGUAACCCACAGCUUACUGCAGAAAGCCCAGCUGAAGUUACCAUUGAUGUGACAGAUGUCAAUGAUAACCCUCCAGUUUUCAGUCAGGCCAUGUUUGAGACCAUCUUGCUUCUGCCAACUUAUGUUGGGGUUGAGGUUCUUAAAGUCAAGGCUGCAGACCCAGAUUCAGAAGUACCACCUGAAAUGACUUACAGCCUAAUUGACGGCAACACCGAGCAUUUUCUUAUUGAUUCAAUUUCUGGAGUACUGACUAUAAAAAACAACAGCCUUUCCAAAGAACAUUAUAUGCUCAUAGCAAAAGUAUCUGAUGGGAAAUUCUAUAGCACUUCUGUGGUGACCAUAAUGGUCAAAGAAGCCAUGGACAGUGGUCUCCACUUCACUCAAAGCCAAUAUUCCACGUCCAUCACUGAAAACAGCACCAAUAUCACACAAGUAGCAGUGGUCAAUGCUGUUGGAAACCGCCUUAAUGAGCCCUUAAAGUACAGCAUAUUAAACCCAGGGAACAAAUUCAAAAUCAAAUCCACUCUGGGUGUCAUUCAAACUACUGGAGUCCCGUUUGACAGAGAAGAACAGGAAUUAUACGAGCUGGUGGUAGAGGCUAGUCGCGAAGUGGAUCAUCUGCGGGUCGCCAGGGUGGUUGUCAGAGUUCACAUUGAAGACAUCAAUGACAACACUCCAGUCUUCGUUGGGCUUCCAUACUAUGCUGCUGUACAAGUUGAGGCCGAUCCUGGCACCCUGAUAUACCGAGUGACUGCCAUUGAUAAAGAUAAGGGUGUGAAUGGCGAUGUGUCUUACCUGCUGAAGGAGGACUACGGGCACUUUGAAAUUGACAGGCACACUGGCAGCGUCACAUUAAAAGCUGCCUUUAAUUCCGACUUAUCUAACAUAGAGUAUUUAAUUAUUGUCAUUGCCAAAGAUGGAGGCAAUCCAUCACUGUCUGCAUGUGUAGAAUUGCCUAUUACAAUAGUUAACAAAGCAAUGCCUGUUUUUGACAAGCCUUUCUACACAGCCUCUGUAAAUGAAGACAUAGAAAUGCACACCCCAAUUCUGAGUAUCAAUGCAACCAGCCCAGAAGGUCAAGGUAUCAUUUACAUCAUUGUAGAUGGAGAUCCCUAUAAUCAGUUCAACAUUGAUUUUGACACUGGAGUCCUCAGUGUCAUCAGUCCAUUAGACUAUGAAGUAAACCCCAUUUUCAAGUUGACAGUGAGAGCCAGCGAUGCUCUCACUGGUGCCCGAUCUGAAGUAACAGUGGACUUAAUUAUCAAUGAUGUCAAUGACAAUGCUCCAGUUUUUGACCGCUUUGCAUACAAUGCCACCUUGUCUGAAGCAUCUUUGAUUGGGACUCCUGUUUUGCAGGUUGUUGCUACUGAUGCAGAUUCUGAGAAUAAUAAAAUUAUUCAAUAUCAGAUAGUCCAGGACACCUUCAACAGCACAGAUUAUUUUCACAUUGAUGGCACAAGUGGCUUAAUCCUAACAGCUCGCUUGCUGGACCAUGAGCUGAUGCAGCAAUGCAGUUUGAAAGUACGGGCAACAGAUAAUGGAUUCCCACCUCUGAGCAGUGAAGUUCUAGUUAGCAUCUUUGUUACUGACAUGAAUGACAACCCUCCCAUUUUUAACCAGUUGAUAUAUGAAUCAUAUGUCAGUGAGCUGGCUCCUCGGGGUCAUUUUGUGACAUGCGUCCAAGCUUCUGAUGCAGACAGCUCUGAUUUUAACCGGUUGGAGUACAGCAUCUUGUCUGGAAAUGACCGUACAAGUUUUGUAAUGGACAGCAAAAGUGGUGUCAUCACUCUGUCAAGCCAUCGGAAGCAGAGGAUGGAGUCAAUGUACAGUCUGAAUGUUUCUGUCUCUGAUGGUUUGUUCACAAGCACAGCCCAGGUCCAUAUCCAGAUUCUUGGAGCUAAUUUAUAUAGUCCCGUGUUCACACAGAGUAUUUACGUGGCGGAGGUUAGAGAAAAUGCUGCCUCUGGAACCAAAGUAAUCCAUGUAAAAGCAACUGAUGGAGAUUCAGGCAUAUAUGGCCAAAUCAGCUAUUCGAUUAUAAAUGACUUUGCCAAGGACCGUUUUUUAAUUGAUAACAAUGGACAGAUCAUCACAACUGAGAAACUUGAUAGGGAGAUCCCUUUAGAAGGCGACAUCACCAUAUUUUUGAGAGCCCUUGACGGAGGAGGAAGAACCACAUUCUGCACCGUGCGAGUCAUAGUGGUGGAUGAGAAUGACAAUGCUCCCCAGUUCAUGACAGUUGAAUACAGGGCAAGUGUCAAAGCAGAUGUUGGAAAAGGCCAUUUGGUCACCCAGGUCCAAGCAGUUGAUCCAGAUGACGGUGCAAAUGCAAGGAUUGCCUAUUCAUUGUAUAGCGAGGCCACUGUUUCAGUUGCAGAUCUGCUGGAAAUUGACCCUGACAAUGGAUGGAUGGUAACCAAGGGCAAUUUUUACCAGUUUAAAAACACAGUGCUGUCCUGCUUUGUCAAAGCAGUUGAUGGUGGCAUUCCAGUAAAGCAUUCCCUUAUCCCUGUGUAUAUUCAUGUUUUGCCUGCAGAGACGAUCUUGCCUUCAUUUUCUCAACCCCAAUAUUCAUUUACACUAUCAGAAGACAUGGUAAUAGGUAGCACCGUUGACGUUCUGUAUGUUUUGCCUAACCAAGGCACCACCUAUAGCACAGUUAAUGGCGAAUUAGCAGAAAACAAUAAGGAUGGAGUUUUUGUUGUAGAGCAAGACACCGGCAUCAUAAAACUUGAUAAGCGACUCGACCACGAAACAACUCCUGCCUUUCACUUUAAAGUUGCUGCAACCAUACAGCUCGAUAAAGUGGACGUUGUGUUAACGGUGGAUGUGGACAUUAAAAUUUUGGAUGUCAAUGACAACAAGCCCAUCUUUGAGACCUCCAGCUAUGAAGCCAUCAUAAUGGAAGGAAUGCCAAUAGGAACUAAACUGGUCCAGGUUAAAGCAGUUGAUGCAGACUGGGGGGCAAACGGUCAAGUCACCUACUCUCUCUUCACAGAAUUGGAUGCUGACAAAAUCACAGAGGUGUUCACUAUCGACAGCAACAGUGGCUGGAUUAGCACCUUGAAAGACUUGGACCAUGAGAAGGACCCCACUUUCACUUUCACAGUGGUGUCUUCUGACCUGGGAGAUGCCUUGUCCCUCUCAUCGACCACCUUGAUCUCGGUCACAGUGACAGACAUAAACGAUAAUGCUCCAGUAUUUGAACAUGAGAUGUACAGGGGGUUCGUGAAGGAGAACGAUUCGCCAGGUGAAGUUGUGGCUGUCCUCAGCACUUGGGAUGAAGAUACAUCUGAUGUCAACCGCCAAGUUAGCUACCAUAUUACAGGAGGAAAUCCCAAAGGGAAGUUUGCCCUUGGCCUGGUUCAGAAUGAAUGGAAGGUUUAUGUCAAGAGACCGUUAGAUCGGGAAGAACAGGAUGUCUAUCUUCUGAAUAUUACAGCCACCGAUGGGCUGUUUGUAACACAGAGUGCUGUGGAAGUGAUUGUCACAGAUGUUAAUGACAACAGCCCUGUAUGUGACCAGGUUACAUAUGUAGCAUUAUUUCCCGAAGACAUUCCACCAAACAAAGUUAUCCUUAAAAUCGGCGCCAGAGAUGCAGACAUUGGAUCCAAUGGUGAAAUUCGUUAUUCGCUGUAUGGCUCUGGGAACAACAAGUUUUUGUUGGAUCCAGAAAGCGGGGAACUCAAAACUUUAGCUCCAUUAGACCGCGAGAAGAUCCCUGUGUACAGCUUGAUCGCCAGAGCAACAGAUGGAGGAGGCAGGUUCUGCCAGUCUGAAAUUCAUCUUGUUCUGGAAGACGUCAAUGAUAAUCCACCAGUGUUUUCUUUUGACCGUUACACAGCAUGUGUCUAUGAGAACACCGCCACUAAAGCUUUGCUGACAAGAGUCCAAGCCAACGAUCCUGAUGUAGGUGUGAAUAGAAAAAUUGUCUAUUCUCUAGCAGACUCUUCGGAAGGCUUUUUCUCUGUCGACAGAUCCUCAGGAAUCAUCAUUUUGGAACAUCCUCUGGACAGAGAACUCCAGCCUUCUUAUAAUGUCACUGUCAAAGCCUCUGACCAGAGCAUUGUGCAGACCUUGUCGUCAUUUGCCAUGGUUACAAUUACUGUUCUGGACAUUAACGACAACCCUCCUGUCUUUGAGAGAAGGGACUACCUUGUUUCAGUACCUGAGGACGCCUCGCCCAGUGCUGAAGUACUCUCUGUUUUUGCCACAAGCAAAGACAUUGGUACAAAUGCAGAGAUCACAUACAGUAUCAGGUCUGGGAAUGAAAAAGGGAAAUUCAGGAUCAAUUCAAAGACAGGGUCCAUAUCUGUAACUGAACCUCUGGACUAUGAAACGUGUAAGGAUUUCUUCCUAGUCAUUGAAGCCAAAGAUGGGGGGAGCCCCGCGCUAAGCGCUGUGACAACAGUGAAUAUAAAUGUGACAGACGUUAAUGAUAAUGCGCCAAGAUUUAGCCAAGAGGUCUACAGUGCCGUCAUCAGUGAGGAUGCUUCAGUAGGCGAUUCAUUGAUAAUGUUGAUAGCUGAAGACCUUGACAGUCCUCCCAAUGGACAGAUUCAUUUUUCCAUAAUCAAUGGAGAUCGGAACAAUGAAUUUUCAGUUGAUCCUAGCUUGGGACUUAUAAAGGUUAAAAAGAACUUGGACCGAGAACAGGUUUCCGGAUACUCAUUAGUCAUACAGGCGAGAGACAGCGGCAUUCCUCCUUUGUCGGCGUCUGUGACGGUCAACGUUGACAUUUCUGAUGUGAACGAUAACAGCCCCAUGUUUACACCCACCAACUAUACAGCUGUGAUUCAAGAAAAUAAACCAGUGGGAACAAGCAUUUUGCAGCUGGUGGUGACAGACAAAGACUCCCUACACAAUGGGCCCCCUUUCACCUUCUCCAUCUUGGCGGGUAAUGAAGACGAAGAGUUUACGUUGGACCAACAAGGCAUCCUACAGUCUGCAGUCACCUUCAAGCACAUGGUAGCAACUGAAUAUGUGCUCUGCAUUCAGGCAAAGGAUUCUGGGAAGCCUCAGCAAGUAUCCCACACCUACAUCCAGAUCCGGGUAAUUGAAGAAAGCAUCCACAAGCCAACAGCCAUUCCUCUGGAGAUUUUUAUUGUCACUAUGGAAGAUGACUUUCCGGGAGGUGUGAUUGGGAAGAUACAUGCGACAGACCAAGAUGUGUAUGACGUUCUCACCUACGGCCUAAAGUCAGAGCAGAAAAGUUUGUUCAAGGUCAACAACCAUGAUGGGAAGAUCAUCGCCCUUGGAGGCUUGGAUAGUGGGAAGUACGUACUGAAUGUGUCCGUCAGCGAUGGGCGGUUCCAGGUGCCCAUGGAUGUGACUGUCCACGUAGAGCAGCUGAUGCAGGAAAUGCUGCAGAAUACAGUCACCAUCCGUUUUGAGAACGUCUCCCCCGAGGAUUUUGUGGGGCUCCAUAUGCAUGGCUUUAGGCGCACUCUACGCAAUGCUGUCCUCACCCAGAAACAAGACAGUCUGCACAUCAUCAGUAUUCAGCCUGUGGCGGGCACCAAUCAGCUUGACAUGCUGUUUGCUGUUCAGAUGCACCCCGGUGGCUUCUAUAAACCUGCCUACUUGAUUCAGAAGCUCACCAAUGCAAGGCGACACUUGGAAAAUGUGAUUCGCAUUUCAGCUAUCCUGGAGAAGAAUUGCUCUGGACUGGAUUGUCAGGAGCAGCACUGCGAGCAAAGCCUGUCUAUCGAUUCCCAUUCCCUGAUGACCUACAGCACAGCACGGAUUAGUUUUGUGUGUCCCCGAUUCUACCGAAAUGUACGCUGCUCUUGUAAUGGAGGAUUGUGUCCAGGCUCUAGUGAUCCAUGCACAGAGAAACCCUGUCCUGGAGAUAUGCAAUGUGUGGGCUAUGAAAUCAACCGGAGGCCUUUCAUCUGCCAAUGCCCUCCUGGGAAACUAGGAGAAUGCUCAGGACACACUUCCCUUAGCUUUUCUGGGAAUAGUUACAUCAAAUACCGGGUUUCUGAAAAUAGCAAGAAGGAGGAAUUCAAGUUGGCUCUGCGUCUGCGGACUCUGCAAAGCAAUGGGAUUAUAAUGUACACCAGAGCAAAUCCCUGUAUAAUUCUGAAGAUUGUGGACGGCAAAUUGUGGUUCCAGUUGGAUUGUGGAACUGGCCCGGGCAUCCUGGGAAUUUCUGGCAGGGCUGUUAAUGACGGAAGUUGGCACUCGGUCUUCCUUGAGUUGAAUCGGAAUUUCACCAGCCUGUCGCUCGACGACAGCUACGUGGAGCGUCGCAAAGCCCCCCUCUACUUCCAGACGCUCAGCACCGAUAGCUCGGUUUAUUUUGGAGCCCAGGUGCAGGUGGAUAACGUCCGAAGCCUGACGGACAAGAGAACGACGCAAGUCUUGAGUGGCUUUCAGGGCUGCUUGGAUUCUGUCGUCCUCAACAACAAUGAGCUGCCGUUACAAAACAAGCGCAGCAGCUUUGCAGAAGUGGUCGGCCUGACUGAGCUGAAGCUUGGCUGUGUGCUCUACCCUGAUGCCUGUGAGAGGAGCCCGUGCCAGAAUGGAGGGACUUGUAUGAGCGUGCCAUCUGGUGGCUAUCAGUGCAGUUGCCUCUCUCAGUUCACCGGGCGAAACUGUGAGUCCGAGAUUACAGCCUGCUUUCCAAAUCCUUGUCGCAAUGGAGGGUCAUGUGAUCCCAUCGGCAGUGCCUUCAUCUGCAACUGCAAGAGUGGAUUAACAGGAGUGACGUGUGAAGACGAUAUUAAUGAAUGUGAGAGAGAAGAGUGUGAAAAUGGUGGCUCCUGUGUCAACGUAUUUGGGUCAUUUUUAUGCAACUGCACUCCUGGAUAUGUGGGCCAGCACUGUGGGCUGAGACCAGUGGUUGUCCCUAACAUCCAAGCCGGCCAUUCUUACGUGGGCAAAGAAGAGCUGAUCGGCAUUGCCGUUGUGCUUUUUGUCAUAUUUUUGUUAAUAGUCCUCUUCAUAGUAUUCCGCAAGAAAGUCUUCCGGAAAAACUACUCCCGUAACAACAUCACCUUGGUCCAAGACCCAGCUACUGCCGCUCUGCUUCACAAAAGCAACGGGAUCCAGUUCAAAAACACGAGGAACAGUGGGGACAGCCGCAACAUCUAUCAAGAGGUGGGACCACCUCAGGUCCCCGUGAGGCCAAUGGCCUACACCCCUUGCUUCCAGAGUGACUCCAGAAACAAUUUGGACAAGAUAGUCGAUGGCCUUGGGGUGGAGCAUCAGGAGAUGACAACUUUCCAUCCAGAGUCUCCUCGGAUCCUAACAGCUAGGCGAGGUGUUGUAGUGUGCAGCGUGGCCCCCAACUUACCUGCUGUGUCUCCGUGCCGUUCCGAUUGUGACUCCAUUAGGAAGACCUGGGAGAAUGGCUCUGAAAGCAAAGGACUUGAUGAUGUGGAAGAGGUGACCUGUUUUUCAGGAAGCAAUAAAGGCAGCAACUCUGAAGUGCAGUCUCUCAGUUCUUUCCAGUCAGACUCAGGUGAUGAUAAUGCUUCCAUAGUGACUGUCAUACAGCUUGUCAACAAUGUAGUUGACACUAUAGAAAAUGAAGUGACUGAUGUAGACCAAGGACAGAACUACAACAGAGCUUAUCACUGGGACACCUCUGAUUGGAUGCCGAACGCCCGCUUAUCUGACAUUGAGGAGGUGCCCAAUUAUGAGACAGCAGAUGGCAGCUCAGUGCAUCAUGGGAGCACAAGAGAGCUGGAAACGGACUACUACCUUGGCGGCUAUGAUAUUGACAGCGACUACCCUCCACCACAGGAUGAGGAGUUUUUAAACCAGGACCAGUUACCACCUCCCCUCCCGGAGGACUACCCAGACCAAUACGAAGCCCUUCCUCCGUCGCAGCCAAUCUCCAUGGCCAGCACACUUAGCCCGGAUUGUCGGCGACGGCCACAGUUCCACCCAAGCCAAUACCUCCCUCCGCAUCAGUUCCCCAACGAGGUGGACAAUGGCAGGUCUCAGACUGGGAAUGAGUUUAGUACUUUUGGCAUUGGCCCAGGACCAAAUGCAGAGAACAAUCGCACGGCAAAGAAGCCCUUGUCCCUACAUAAUUCGCUGGAUGCAUCGUCGUCUGAUGUCUCUAUGGGCUGCGGCUUUGAUGACUCUGAGAUAGCCAUGAGUGACUAUGAAAGUAUUGAGGAGCUCCACCUGGAUCACCAUCACGUUCACAUUCCAUUUGUGGAGACCCAUCACCAGACUCAAGUGUGAAGGAGACACUUGUUGAUGUUGUUUCUGUUGUUUGGUCCCUUCCAUAGCAUACCUGUUAAGAAGACUUUUCUUUUCUUUUCUUUUGCUAAGAAAAAAUAGAUCUAUAUAUGGGGCGAGGAGGAAAUAAUAGCAUAACGCAUUUUUAACCCUGUCAAGAAAUCCAUGGUAACCAUGCACAAAGAGAGGGCAAAAGAUUGUCUCCAAAAAUUGGUGCUUGACAGCACUCUAGCCCUUGGAGUUGGAGCCUGCUGUUUAUUGCUGGUAUAGAGGUUCCCUGUUGCCUGACGACAGGCUGAAUUUUUCUCCACCCAGCUUUGUGGAAUAUUGUACUAUUAAAAGUGUUACAAGGUGAAACACUUGCAGUAUUCAAGAUGGGGUGAAAGCAUUUCCUGGGUCCGAUUGGUAUCGCUGCAUAGGUUGAACGAUGGUGAGUUGAGGAAUGAGGGUAAUCUAGCUUGCAAGGCUGCUGCACCAAGGAAUUUUCAAUUGUAAGGAGCGGGUAGAAUCCUUUCCAAACCAAUCCUUUCAAAAUGACUAGUCCACAACAAGAUCCCUUUCUGUCAUGUUCCAGAUGUAGUUAUAGUGACUACUCCAUAUAUGCUCAUGGCUGCAUCUCUAGCUGCAGAGCAGGAGGGGGUUGAACAAUACUUUUGCACCAUGUUAAGCAGAGACAACAACGUGUGGUGGGAUGACCCAUCUGCUCUAAAUCAUACAGAAAUGGCAAAUGAGCAACCACUCCAUGCCCUCCUUUGGAUUCACUGGGUCAUUGUGCAUCCACUUGCAUGUGGCAGUGAGCCAACAUGCCCCCAUGCCAACUUUUCCGUAGCAAUCUUGUUCUCAUCAAAUGAGGAUGAGAUGUAUUUAUGACCAUACUGAUCAUCAAGCGGGGAAGAAGGUGACCAAAAGCCAAGGAGAUCUCAGCUCCUGUACUUCCAGGAUAGAGGAGAGCAGCUGGUUACGCAGGAAGGAGAAGCAGCUACGCCUGAAGAAACGUCAGCCACUACAUAGGCAGUGAGAAAGAGUUCAGGAGGCCUGCUCUCCUUGCACCUGGCGACUCCUGGGAGGCACUUUUGAGAUCCAGAGAUCGAGGAUUUGCAAACUGGCUUUCCUCAAGGAACUCUGCUGAAGAGCUGUUCCUGCCAUCCCUCACUUGGCCUGUGCAAAAAGCAUUCAAGUUUUAUUUAUUUAUUUAUUUAUUUGGCUCCCCCCCUCCUUUUUGGAUUCAGCAGCAUUUUUCAUUCAUCUACAUGUUCUCUUUUUUAAAAAAACACAGAAAAUUGUGGAGAUGUGAAUUUUUUCCCCCAUGCACACUUGCACCCUUUAUUUUAAUGCUGCAAAAAAGGGGGGUGUCCCUGACUUCCAGUUUUUUGUUUUUGUAACAUACAUAGUUUAAAGAUGGGAGGGGAAGCCUCCCUCCCUUCCCUGAGAGAAUUCAGCCAGCCUGGAAGGAUGCUGAAUAAAUAAAUCAUUCCUCCUGGAGAGUUGUCACAGAUGAAUGGAUACCCUAACAGGUUUUUCAUGCCCCAGCCUCAUCCUGGUUCUCUGUCAAUACAACACUAAAUAAGUGUUUCUGGCGCUUCCCUUCUGUGAACUGAUUUUUCCCCCCCUGAAUGAACUGAAUUCCAUCGUUUCUGAUUUCAUUAAGCUAAUCAGCGACCAGUUCUUUCUACUGCAAGAAAUAUUUGUUCAUGAACUGCCAAUCCAACAAUCAGAAUGGUUAAAAACAACAGCAUCAAGUAAACAAUACAACAACCAUGUAACACUCUUAAUAGCAAAAGGACUCUGAAAUCCACAUCAUGGAGCUGGUAAUUUACUGUUUACUGACCCCUCUCUUCAUGUCAUUGCAAAGGUUUGUGCUGCAGCACAUGAUCUGGUUAGAAUAAUAAUAUUUAAUUUGUUUGUCGCCUGUCUGGCAAAUAGCCACUCUAGGCGACGUACAUUAAAAUAAGAUAAAAUACAAUAAUAUCAGAUGCAGUCACAUUAAUAACAAUAGAUAAAAAUACUGGACAGUCAUCAAUACAUAUAAAAACAAUUAUAUUAGCAGCAUACGAUAGAUGGCAAAAUCAUGGAGAUUUACCCCUCCCAAGGACCUCAAAGGCCUGUUGAAAUAGCCACGUCUUCAGGGCCUUGCGGAAUACCUCUAGGGAAGGGGCAUGUCGAAGAUCACAUGGGAGGGAGUUCCAGAGAGUGGGGGCCACCACAGAAAAGGCUCUCUCCCUAGUACCCACCAACCUAACUGUUUUGGUUGGCGGGAUUGAGAGAAGGCCUUGUGUGGCUGAUCUAGUUGGGCGGCAUAGGUGGAGGCGCUCUUUCAGGUAAGCUGGGCUGAAACUGUAUAGGGUUUUAAAGGUUAAUACCAACACCUUGAAUCGGGCCCGGAAAACAACCGGCAGCCAGUGUAGAUCAAAUAAUACUGGCGUAAUGUGGUCCCGGCGGCGGCUGUUGGUAAGUAAGCGCGCCGCUGCAUUCUGUACAAGUUGUAAUUUCCGGGUCGUUUUCAAGGGUAACCCCACGUAGAGCACAUUACAGUAGUCCAAUCGAGAGGUGACCAGGGCAUGUACCACGAGCGGGAGCUGUUGAACAGGGAGGUAGGGUUGCAGCCUACAUAUAAGGUGUAAUUGAUACCAAGCUGCCCGGCUCACAGCCGAAAUCUGAGCCUCCAUGGACAGCCUGGAAUCAAGAACAACCCCGAGGCUGCGGACCUGGUCCUGUAGGGGCAACUUCACCCCAUCAAACACCAAGUCAACAUCUCCUAACCCUCCCUUGUCUCCCACAAGUAGUACCUCGGUCUUAUCAGGGUUCAACUUCAACCUGUUCCUGCCCAUCCAUCCACAUAUUGAGGUGUGUGUUAAAAAUGGGUUUUGAGCCAAGACGGAUACGAAUAUUUUUAGAAGUACAGGCCUGUCCACGCUUCCUGUUCUAUUAAUGGACAUUUUUCUUGGUUUUCCCUUCAAAAUAUCAUAGGCAUCCAUUUAUAAGAAGUUUGUGAUAUGUUUGCUUUCUCAAUCCUUCUGCCACCUCCAAGGAGGUGCCCACCUUUGGGAGGGGCAAUAUACUUGAACUUCCUGUCUCCUAGUUGUGAAGAAACUAAAGAACAGAUUUCUCUCCCAAACUCAACUAGUUCUUCCAAGUGAGGUGCAGCCAAAGCUAGUCAAGAGAGUUCUGCUUCCUCAGAGACGCUUACUUGAUUGGAAGAAGCUUGCUGAUGUGUGUGGAUUCUCCUUGUGGACAGGCAAAUAUUCCUUUUUCUUUAAAAAAUAAAACAAGGGAUGGGUGACAAGGUGCUGUGCAAUAGUUCAAACAACAUGUGCUCUAACUUCUCAAGCUCGGAAAGCCACAGGAUGCACUGGGUUGCUUCGAGCAGAUUCAGAUAUCACACACUUGAAUUCUGAACCUUUGUUCCAUCCGAUUUGUGACCUCUGCUUUUUGCCCUCCCACAAAGUAAUUACAAAAUAAUCCUUGCUGGCCUCCACUUAACCAAGUGUGUAUUCACAGCUAGUAUUUCCCAGGGACAUUUAACAUCUACGUUUAUUUUUAUUUUAUUUUAUUUACGAUUACUGGGACAUGUCAGCAAAUUCACAGAGGGAAAUAAUUAGAAAAACAGAACCCCUAAUGCAUAAGCAAGUAGCGAAACAUUGCUAUUCCCCACACUUGGUGUCUUAUUCCCUCUCCCUCCCCCCUGUUUUCUACAAGUCUUCCACAGGACGGCCCCUAAUGUUUCCUAAGCUAAGCAACGCAGCAGGAGCCCUUGUCCUUGAGUAGGCGAGGGGUGCCUUCCGUUUAACUCUCUUUGCACAUACUCUGCUGCCUUUGCUUCUUUCCUGAGGUUCCUGCAGCUUUGGAUCCUCUGCCUCUUCCCAGAUCCUAUGCAGUCACCACUCCCUUGCCCCAUCUCCCUUUCUUCCAGCAGCUGGGCUGCUCACUGCCCCCUCAGCCCAUGCAGUUGUCCCACUUAUGCAAGGAGGGAAAAGCCCAGCUGAGCUAACCUGAACAAUAAUUGUGUUCAUGGAUCCAUUCACUCCAAUGUGUUUUCUUCUAGGUUCUUCCUUAAACCCACAAAUCUGAUAGUAUAUUUUGGGCCAUCUGGUGUAAGGCAGCUGUGAUCAUCCAGGCUAAACAACAACAGUAAAAGCAACACCACUGGCUGCUUUUCAUAGUGGUGUAGAAGAGGAAACCUCAGCAGGGAUGGCUUGCAAGGCAAGCUGUGCUUGCUAAAAUCCCGUCUUCUACACAGCUAUUAAAGGUUUGCAUCUGGCGAACCUAACAGUGGGGUGUUUAAAAGGCCAUCACCCAAACAUUGAUAUGGGGAAGCCAACUGCACACUGCCACCUACAGAGGAAAGGCAUAAAAUACCUCCAAAGAGCUGUGUCUCAUUACAAUUAAAAUCAUGAGGACACUCCCCCCCAGUAAGUCUGAAAAGAAUCCCAAGGUUGUCAUAUAAACGCUCAGUGCACUCCACUAGCUCGGAGACAGAUCCUGUGGAUAACAAAACUGUGGAAACUCUCUAAUCUCUCCAAGCUCGUUGCCUGAAGAAAGCAUUCCUACACUGCUAGUUUUUACUUAUUUUCAGAUUUCUCUUGUGACCAUUGUCUAGCACAGAGCUAGGUGUGUUAAAAUCACAUUAAAGCUGAGAGACUCGCUGACGGAUUUGGGUUCCACAUUCACCUGCACAAUUGGUGACUGACCAAACCAGACAACCCAUCAGGCAGAUGUGGCGGCCAACUGGGAUCUCAGUAGGCCUGCUUUUGCUGCCUGCUGGGACUGCACAACAGGGAAGGUUCUCAGUCAUUUGGCAGGCACAAUGCAUUGCUGAUAAGCUGUGUUCAGUUUUGCAGAGCAUAUGCUGCACAGGUCUGCUUUCAAUAUGAAAAUAUCAUUCCUGAACAAAAGAGUAUGUCAAAUCUAUCCAGAAAGGGAUUGUCCGCCAAUUAUUUGUGGCACCGAACCUCUUUCCAUGUAGUGAAGAGGUCAUAGCAUGUGAUAGUGAUUGCAUAUAAUUCAGGGAUCAUUAACAAUUGAUUUCCACAUUGUAAGAUUUGCAUCAAAAGAAUUUUGACACUAGCGUUGAGUCGAUGGACUGCUUUUUUUUAAAGAGAGUUUUCACAUUCUACAGGAAAAUAAUUGUAAAACUUUUUUGGUGGGGCCAUUUUGUUGAACUAUGACAAAGAUCAUAAAUCAGGAGAGAGAGAAAAGAUGUUUGUGAUGAUGCAAAGUCUGGUGUUCUGUGAAGUUAUUUUAUAAUUAUUAUUUUGCCUGUUCAGUACUGUCCCCUAAUCCCACAUAUCUGUAAUACAAUUCACUGUAACUUUGUCCGUUGUCAACCAUUCUUUUAAGCUUGUACUUCCCAAGGCUAUGCACCAAAUAAAAAGGCACUGAAAACUUCGUUAUUUCAUAUGAGAGAAGGGCAACUGGGGGUGUACUGAAAAUAAAUUAAUUUCCAUUGUGUACAUUGUUUAAAAAAAGCAAUAAUUUACAAAUGUUGUAUUACAAGGCCAUAAACCAGGAUUCAAUACUGGCAGUGUUAAGGAUACAUUUGAACAGGAUUGUGGAAAUUCAAACUCUCGGUAGUGUAACUAAAUCCUGUCAUCAAAGACCUGGGUUGUUUCCAGAACAGUUUUACAAGCCCAUAUAAACUGCAUUUGGAGAGGUUCAUUUGGGAAAUGUAAGAAGUUGUCUUUGAAGCACUGUAUAAGAAAGAUAGUUGUCUUGUAAAUUUUUCCUGUUGCAAGCAGGCUGGUUUGUAAAAGAUGUAUGUUUUUGGUGUUUUAAAAAAAGUUUAUAAAAUAAUGUAUAUAAUAAUUUUGGAAUUACCUGGCUUUUGUAGAUAUUUGAUGCCAAUCAGGUCGUUUUUAAUUUCUCUUUCAGUGUUCUUUUACAUAUUCUGAAGAAAGUCAUCAGUGUCAGAUUAAACAUUUAAGGUAAAGGCAAAAUCAAGAAAAAAGGCCAAUAGGUUUUGGAAAACGAUGCUUCUUAGUCAUUUCAGAAUGUACUCUAGUAUUUCUUUAAAUCACGUGUUUCUCUAACAUUUUUUUUCUGUUUCUCCUUCCGACUGACUGUUUUUCCCUUCAAAUGCUAUUACAGACAUGUUUUCUAAUGCCUUAAAUUAGGCAUUUAAGGAGUUUCCACCAUUAUUCCAACAACACAAUAACCUUAUGCAACGGGAAAGAAAUCACGUCAAGUGGAUCUGGUCCCACGUCAGCAAAUGCGUUGGUUGGUUUUUUCAUAUUUGCUGUUGGCAGUAUUGUCUUGUGUUAUUUUGCUAUAAAAAGGAAAAACAAAAAAAAGUG